AUGCCCUGCGUGCCUAAGCCCCAACAACGGUCGCCAAAUGCUUCCUUCAAUCCGGCACAUGCACAGUAUGCAUGCUGCUUCCAACAAUUGCACUCGAAUACGGGAGCUGUGCUCAUCGCCAUUUUCCACAUUAUUCUAUGCAGCGGUAUUUUCACGUGGCUUGUAAAAUGCAUUGGAACAGAAAAAUCAAAGAUCGAGCUUGCCGCUGAACUCUUCCUCGCUACACUGUGCCUUAUUGCUGCCAUUAUUCUUCUCCUCGGACUGAAACUUGAAAGUCGCAAACUUCUCACUGGUUAUGUUCUUGCUCAGACACUUCUCGUUGGCCUUUUAUUUGUACUUUUCCUCGCUCUCAUCAUGGGCAUCAAGCCAGGAAUCCUCGAUGACCCAGAUCAAAACGGAUACAACUCGUUAGAAGAAGAGCUCUUAAUAGUCUUGGAAAUUUUUAUCUCACUCGCCGUUGUCAUCAUCGAAGUCUGGUUCCUGACUAUUGUGCUCAAAUCCUACUCUUUCUUCACCGACAAAUACAAUUAUACCGGAGGGGAUCGUGAGGACAAUGUUUAA